CCUCCCGCGCCGCCCCCCCCCCCCCGCCCCGGUCCACUCCCCGGAACCGGCGGCGGAGCUGCGGCCGCCGGCAGUGGAACGGCGACGGCACUAAGGAGCCGCCAGCAUGAGCGCCCCCCGCCGCCCCGCGCCCCGGGCCCGGCCUUUCUGACAGGAGCUAGCCUUUGGGCGCCUUGAGGAUAUUCCGUUUUGUAGGUUCGAAUAUUCUCUGACCGGAUUCAGCAUGAAGUGACAUCCUUAAUGAUUAUUCUCAGCAGGACAGGUGUGAGAGGAUUGCUAUUGUGUUACAAUCAUGGUGCAGAAAUACCAGUCACCGGUGAGGGUCUAUAAACACCCCUUUGAAUUAAUUAUGGCUGCCUAUGAAAGGAGGUUUCCUACAUGUCCUUUGAUCCCGAUGUUUGUGGACAGUGACACUGUGAAUGAGUUCAAGAGUGAAGAUGGGGCUAUUCACGUUAUAGAACGGCGCUGUAAGCUGGACAUAGACGCACCGAGGCUGCUUAAAAAGAUUGCGGGAGUUGAUUAUGUUUAUUUUGUCCAGAAAAACUCACUGAAUUCUCGGGAACGAACUUUGCACAUUGAGGCUCACAAUGAAACAUUUUCUAAUCGGGUCAUCAUCAAUGAGCACUGCUGCUACACCGUUCACCCGGAAAAUGAAGAUUGGACUUGUUUUGAACAGUCUGCAAGUUUAGAUAUUAAAUCUUUCUUUGGUUUUGAAAGUACAGUGGAAAAAAUUGCAAUGAAACAGUACACCAGUAACAUUAAAAAAGGAAAAGAAAUCAUCGAAUACUAUCUUCGUCAGCUGGAAGAAGAAGGCAUAACGUUCGUGCCCCGCUGGACUCCGCCUUCCAUUGCCCCGUCCUCCGAGGCCUCCUCGUCGUGCAAGAAGCAGGCAGCGUCCUUAGCUGUUGUGGUUCCAGACGCUGCCCAGGCAGAGGGGCCGGGCAGCGAGGCCCUCAGCAGCCCCAGCGGGCCGCCCGAGCCCACGGCGGGGACCCCGGACGACAAACUAGAUGCGGACUACAUCAAGAGGUACCUGGGUGAUUUGACCCCGCUACAGGAGAGCUGCCUGAUCCGACUUCGCCAGUGGCUCCAGGAGACCCAUAAGGGCAAAAUCCCGAAAGACGAGCAUAUUCUCCGGUUCCUACGUGCCCGGGACUUCAAUAUCGACAAAGCCAGAGAGAUCCUGUGUCAGUCCUUGACUUGGCGAAAGCAGCACCAGGUGGACUACAUUCUGGAGACCUGGAGCCCCCCGCAGGUCCUGCAGGACUACUACGCGGGGGGCUGGCACCACCACGACAAAGACGGGCGGCCGCUGUACGUGCUCCGGCUGGGGCAGAUGGACACCAAGGGCCUGGUGCGAGCCCUCGGGGAGGAGGCUCUGCUGCGCUACGUUCUCUCCAUAAACGAAGAGGGGCUGAGGCGGUGUGAAGAAAAUACAGAAGUCUUCGGUCGGCCCAUCAGCUCGUGGACCUGCCUGGUGGACCUGGAGGGGCUCAACAUGCGCCACCUGUGGAGACCUGGCGUCAAGGCCCUGCUGCGCAUCAUAGAGGUGGUAGAGGCCAACUACCCUGAAACGCUCGGCCGCCUCCUCAUCCUGCGCGCUCCCCGCGUCUUCCCAGUCCUCUGGACGCUGGUUAGUCCAUUCAUUGAUGACAACACCAGAAGGAAAUUCCUGAUUUAUGCAGGAAAUGACUACCAGGGCCCCGGAGGCCUGCUGGACUACAUCGAUAAAGAGAUCAUCCCAGAUUUCCUGAGCGGGGAGUGCAUGUGUGAGGUGCCUGAGGGCGGACUGGUCCCCAAGUCUCUGUACAGGACUGCGGAGGAGCUGGAGAACGAGGACCUCCGGCUCUGGACCGAGACCAUCUACCAGUCUGCAAGCGUCUUCAAAGGAGCCCCGCACGAGAUUCUCAUUCAGAUCGUGGAUGCCUCUUCAGUGAUCACUUGGGAUUUUGACGUGUGCAAAGGAGACAUCGUCUUCAACAUCUACCACUCCAAGAGGUCGCCCCAGCCCCCCAAGAAGGACUCCCUGGGGGCGCACAGCAUCACUUCCCCGGGAGGGAACAAUGUGCAGCUGAUAGACCGAGUCUGGCAGCUGGGCCGCGACUACAGCAUGGUGGAGUCGCCUCUGAUCUGCAGAGAAGGGGAGAGCGUGCAGGGCUCGCACGUGACCAGGUGGCCGGGCUUCUACAUCCUGCAGUGGAGGUUCCACAGCAUGCCCGCGUGCGCCGCCACCAACCUGCCGCGGGUGGACGACGUGCUGGCCUCCCUGCAGGUGUCGUCCCACAAGUGCAAAGUGAUGUACUACACCGAGGUGAUCGGCUCCGAGGACUUCCGAGGCUCUAUGACCAGCCUGGAGUCCAGCCACAGCGGGUUCUCCCAGCUGAGUGCCGCCACCACCUCCUCCAGCCAGUCUCAGUCCAGCUCCAUGAUUUCCAGGACAUGACGCCGUAGCGUCCUUUGGAGAAUGGGACCCUUGGAGAUGGGAGAGGUGGAGGACAGAUCUGGAUCCGGGGGGCUGGGUUCUAGAAGCUCCAGAGUGGAGCCCCACGUGUGCGGGACCAUUUGUAGCCGCGUGGGCGGUCCUGCAGACCGAUGGCGGCUGUGAGCAGCCGGCCCGCAGAUGCCACCCCGAGCCGACGGUUCGCUCGCUCCUGUGACAAGUGUUCCUUGGACCCUGUGAGCCCACACAUGGCUGGUGGCAGGCUGCCCGAGACACUGUUUCUUAAGUAACGACACGGAUCCUCGAAUCACGUGGCUUCAGAAAAAAGAAAAUGGAUAGGUGUGGACCUUCGGGACCUGGGCCCCCUUGUCGCCCGCUGCUUGCCGGUUGUGUGUAGGGGUGGCAAGGCCAGAAGAGCCCGGGACAGACACCGUGCCGGCCUGCCCCGUCGUCGUCUGCUUUCCUGGUCAGGGUGUGUGGGAGCCGGCCGAGGGGACGGAGCAGGGGCGUGACGUGGCCGCACAUCCGUGGCCGCAUGUGAGCGGUGCGUUUGCCAGCAGCCCAGGGAGGUGACCCGCAUCCUUCCCACCGCAGGGGCCCCCGCGGGCCUCCCACCGCAGCGUGUUGCUGGGGGGAGGGCAGGGCGCACAGCAGCCCCUCUCGGCGCGGAGGCCUCCGCCGGCCCUCGGGUCGGGCAUGUGCCUGCCGUCCAGUGGGUAUCAUUCGGGCUCUGACUGGGACGGCAUGAGAAACGCGUGAGCCUGGGUGGCCUGCUGCUGUCUCUUGGCUGUCUCAGAGCGAGGCAAUAAGUGGGGCGUCCUGAACAAAGGUCAAUGUUCUGGGUCGCCGAACCUCCAAUAUGUAGUUCUGCUUAAACGCGUCACGCCCUUUCAUACCUGAGCACAAGCGUCGGGCGCCUCUCAGGUCUCCGGUCUAGGCAGAGGUGAUCUCAGUAAAAUGUCAUGACACACCAA